GUGAAGAAGUGUACAUUUCUGUGCACGUAAAACAAAAAUAAUGAUUCUCAGACGAUUUAUUUUGCGUUUGUGCUUUAAAAACUUUUGUUUACGAUAUAAAGUAUCAUGAUUAAAGUGUGCUAGUUAUAGUUAGACGUAAGUGUGCGUUAAAAUGGACAAGAAAAAUGCCAUUCGGAGAGCCAAAAGGCCGUCUAAAGUGCUCGAAGAAAAUUACUGGGAUUGCAGCGUUUGUACAUACAGAAACAAUGCGGAAGCCUUCAAAUGUUCGAUGUGUGAUGUUAGAAAAGGUACAUCGACCCGCAAGCCUCGCAUCAACCCGGCGCUGGUGGCGGCCCAAGCAGCCGGUACAGCACCCACCAGCUCACAGAAACGACCGCGUUCCGCCAACUCCCUCAAAAAGAAACGUCGACCGCCCCGAUUGAGCAAUGUUGACAGGAGCUCCGCGCAGACCAGAGAGGUGACAGUGAGUGGCGUAACUGUCGUUAUAACUGAAUACAAGCCCAAGAAAUCUGUGUCGAGCAGUUCCAGCGAUGUUGAGUCCUCGAACGAUGCAAGACCUUGAUUCCUCGCCUCAGGCUGAUGGUAAAGUGAAUGGACUAUUACUAGAUGGAGUAGCAGUGUUUUGUUUUACAGAUUUUAAAUUCGUAUGACUUCCUUCUAAGUAUUUAUUAAGAUUUUUCUCUUGUCGUGUUUAUUAUGACUUCGUUUGAAAUAGCAUAGAACACCCUGAAAUUACGUUGUUUAGGCAAAUCAAUUUUGAACUCUAUUUUGUAUACGAUAAGACAAAUUGUUAUUUUUUUUGUGAUUUUACCCUUGUCUUCGAAAUGGAAGUAAAAAUUGACCGAUUAAAAUUGACUGUAAAAAGUGCUUCAAAGUGUCAGAUGCUAUUUCAAAUGAAGUUGUAAGUGGUUUUGUAUAUAUAUUCCAGAGUGCACCGUAGAGUUUACGCAUAAUGUACCUAUUUAUUUGUAAACUAAUUGUAUCACCCCGUUAAGCAGUCACGUUUUCUCAAACGCAUAAAUCGUCUGAGUAUAAAUUCUUAUGGUUUUAGUUAAAAUUUUGUUGUGAAUUCGAAUAAAAAAUGCGAAGGUGUGAUCAAAGUAGAGACUGUAAGUAGAUCAAAGUAUAGCUGGCUGAAUUAUCGCUUUUCAAAAUCGUAACUAAGCUUUACUUAAUGCCAUUAAAAUCUUGAAAACUAUAACUUAUUUUAGGUGUAGGUUUUGUUUACUUUGGUUUAAAAUUAUAUGUAAAGGAUUGUUGUAUAUAAGAACGAGACCAGCUGGUCACUGCCAAACGAUGAUUUGUAUAUAAAAAUUUGAUGAUACAGCUGUUAAUGUAGAAUUCUGUUUCGUAAUUUCUUACAUCUGACGAGCGGGAAGCUAAUAUCAAAAAGCCCUUUAAAGGACUUAGGGGAACUUAAAUUUUAGUUAGUAUGUAUAGUCAGACAAGUAGACAUUGUCUAUUUAUUUAGUAGAAAUUCAUUUAGGUCAUAAUUUUUGCUGAAGCGUUGUGUUUGAACGCUAAAUACGCGGUAAUGGGUCGAUUGAAAUCGUUUCUUUUAAAAGAAAAUCAGUGGUGAGAAUAUGCCUUAAUAUUUUCAAUUAGUGAUGGCCGAUUUUUCGGAUAAUGCUGAGUAUUAAUCUACUGUUAAUUCAUUGCGAGGAAAAAAUGGAUAAAUUCUCGGUAUUUACUAUUUGUCCGAAAAAUCGUCUAUUUCUAUUUUCAAUGUGACAGAAAAAUGUUAGAAAAUCAUUUAUAAGGAAAUGUCUAAAAUGAACGCACAGUUACUAUAUUUUUAGAUGCAACUAGUUUAGUAAUGUUUGACGUAGCCUCUUAGAAGCACAUUUUAGUGAAAUAUUCAGAUUUGAUAUCAUGAGCAAUCACGAAAGGAAGGUCUUAAUUUAAUGAGUGAAAUAUUUUAAAAGUCCUAUCUUUUGGCGUAUCGUACUACCGAACAGUCGAGUCGGUAGUAAAAAGUAUCACCUGAAAAUGUUCUUUUUGUAUCGAUAAAUGGCAUUUCCAAAAGAAAAUCUACAAAAGAUAAAGGAGCUAAAAAAUAGGCUACAGCGAAGCAAUUUUUGCUUCUUGAUCAUACAUUUUUUUAAUAUACGAAGUAUAAAGUAGUCUUUUGAAAUACUUUCCCUCAAUAAACAAGAUUCUAAGAGGUAUCCUAUAAAGUGUACUAUCUUGAAAGCCAAAAGAGCUACGAUAUAAUAUUCCCAGUAAUUUAUGGCCGUCCUUCGUCUAGUCGGACGAGGUGCCUUUAAGCCUUUAAAAUAAUUUACUGGCAACCCAAACACCACUAGAGUUAGUACUAAAAUUUAGACCAGAUUAAAAUUACGUUGAGAGUUAGGCCCUUCGCCCACGACGCCGUGUUGUAAGCGUGUCGACGUAUAAUAUAAAACCUUUUUACUCCAAAGGAGAUCCUAUUAAAUAUGGGAUAAGUCAAGGACAUUGAAAAAAAGGCGGAUGUAAGGACUUAGUAAUGAAUGAAUGAGUUAUGAGUGCGUGUACUUGCAACACCGUAAUGUAUGAAGUGUGAUGACGAGCCAUGCCACGCGACAGAUGUCCUUCGUCUCAAUGUGUGUGUAUUCUACGUGUAAGUCAGUAAAGAACAUAUAGUAGCCAGGUGCCUCAAUCGGUGUUUCAAGAGACUAUGUCCGCCUUUUCUCAGCGUCCUUGUGAUAAGUCUUUUGCUGUACACGUGGCACCGUUUCAGGCAUUACGCUAACUAGGGACAGUUUUCAAAAAUGUCAAUAAUACAUUGCUCAACUUGGAAUUCAACGUCACAAUAAUAAUAUCGUAAUACAUAGAAUGAAACAAAACGUUGUUACAUGCGACAUCUCUUUAUUUUGCUAUCGUCCAAAUGCAAUACGCUUACAAUACGGCGCUUAUAAGAAGUUGUGAGCGAAAUAGCUUAGUUUUUCGAAUAAGGGACGUCUUGAAGACAUGUUUAAUCUUUUGAGUCUGGUAAACUACCUACGUAAUAAUCAACAAUUUUCAACAAGUUACCAAAAACACAUUAUUGGCCCUAUAUUUGUGUUCCAAGCAUUAACUAAGUAUUUAUUGUAGCUUUAAGAUUCUUAUUAAUUUAAGUGCAAUCCAUUCUGAUAUACUACAUAAGAAAAUGUGUAAUUGGAUCUUUCCAACAAUACUUUUUAAAAAUAAAUCAUCCAAUAUCCAAUUUUCAACUUAGUUACAAAACAAUAGAGUUAUAAAAUCUACGAAUUGAUGUGACACUGUUUGGAAAUGCAAUUACGCCUUGUAAAUGAAUUCAGGAACUUCAAUAUUUGACAAUACAAUCAAUGUGUAUGCUACGAUGUAAACUAUUUUUAAUGUUUAUUUAUUUUAACGAUACAUGAAUAUAAUAUAAUUGUAGAUGACGAUGGUAGAAGUUUUCCAUAGGAUUGUAAUCAAUUUUAUUAAUACGUUUUGUUCUAACGUACAUAUGCGGUUAUUCUACGAAAAUCGAAUUAGUGAUAUGAGUCAAACGUCAUUUAUGUGUGAUAUGACGGAGAGAAUAGACAUCUCAAUGUUUUUUUUUCUUGAAUGGCAACCGAGUCUCCCAUUCAUCUCAAUGUAUGGGGCUUGAUUUAAAUUUUGACUAUGUCAGUCUCAGAUCUCAAACCCAUACAUGGUUAUCUAUAGUCUCAGUCGACUGACUUUGGCUCAUAGAAAUGUAAUUGUAAACGUAUUUGACUUAAGUAAUAGAAGAUAGGAGCAAAUUAAUUGCGUUGCUAGAAUGUAAUCAAAAUCGUAUGUGUACGUCAGAACUAAAAAUGCGGACUUAAGUCCUAGGUAACAAUCUAAAAUUACCAUGGACUGUCAAACUUUUUACUCCAACUAAUUAAAACGCUAGAAUCCAUUUUGAUAAAAAAACCGUUACAAGUAUUAUUAGAAAUUCGAAAUGAGUGUUGCCACACCAAAAAAAUGUUUCGCGAACUUUAUUUUUUAUACGAAAUCAAUGACAGGCGAUUUAAAAUUUCGAUUUUUAAAAUGAAUAAUUAAUAAUAUUAAAUUAAUUAUUGUAAUCAUAAUUGUAAUUGUAUUAAAACG